AUGUCUACAGACGUGGUCCUCGUGGCCCGGUCCGUCGAGCCCGAGUUCUACUCUGUGCUCUGCAAGGCGGCCGCCAGGCACGCGCAGGAGGCGACGCGGCUCAUCACGGACAAGAGCGACGAGCGGGUGCAGGGGCUACUCCAGGACGCCGAGGACAAGGGCGCGACGCUGUUCCGGUUCUCGUCGGCGGGCGAGACGGCGGUCGGCAGCAGCGGGGAGCGUCCGUCAGGCACCAUCAUCCGGAACCUGACCAGGUCGAUGGCGUUCUGGAAAACAGAGGCCUUUGGACCCGUGCUGGGCAUCUUUGCGUUUGACGACGCGUCCGAGGUGCCGGGCCUGGUGGCCGAGUCCAACUAUGGGCUCUCCGCCGCCAUAUUCACCCGGGACCACAUGAAGGCGCUGCAUCUGGCCCGCGCCCUCCCGUCUGGCGCGGUGCACGUCAACGCACCCACGGCCCACGACGAGGCCGUGCUCCCACACGGCGGCUACAGGGACAGCGGAUGGGGGCGGUUCGGGUCGCAUUGGGGAUUUGAGGAGUUUUUGCAGACCAAGACGGUCAUUUUGAACCCAUAG